AUUUCAGCUGCUGCCGGCGCGAGCUCCAUCAGGCUCCCAGAAUAGCACAGCCAGGUUCCCGGCAGCCUCGGGCCACACCGCAGCUGGGCUUCCGGAGAGGCAGGCAGGGUGGAGCGGCCGGCCACGCAGGGAGCAGCUGGGCCUGGACACCGCCCAGGAGCCGGCCCCGGCCCUGCCCGCCGGGGGCUCUGUCCGUCCGUGGGGCCCAGCAGGAGCCUGGCCCGGGAGCCGGGAUGGCCACCCCCACAGCCUUGCUGACGUGCCUGGGACUGCCUCUCUUGCUGCUCCCAGGCGCUUGGGCCCAGGACUCGGCCCCUCCUGGCUGCAGCCCGGACCUCGACCCGCUCUACUACAACCUGUGUGACCGCUCCGAGGCCUGGGGCAUCAUCUUGGAGGCGGCGGCCGGCGCGGGUAUCGUCACCACCUUUGUCCUCACCAUCAUCCUGGUGGCCAGCCUCCCCUUCGUGCAGGACACCAAGAAGCGCGGCCUCCUGGGCACCCAGGUGUUCUUCCUGCUGGGCACCCUGGGCCUCUUCUGCCUGGUCUUCGCCUGCGUGGUGAAGCCCGACUUCUCCACCUGUGCCUCUCGGCGCUUCCUCUUCGGCGUCCUCUUUGCCAUCUGCUUCUCCUGCCUGGUGGCGCACGUCUUCGCCCUCAACUUCCUGGCCCGGAAGAACCACGGGCCCCGGGGCUGGGUGACCUUCGCCGUGGCCCUGCUGCUGACCCUGGUGGAGGUGAUCAUCAACACGGAGUGGCUGAUCCUCACGCUGGUCCGCGGCGGCGGCGAGGGCGGCUCCCCGGGCAAUGCCAGCGCGGCCGGGGCCCCGGGCCCCCCCUGCGCCGUGGCCAACGUGGACUUCGUCAUGGCCCUCAUCUACGUGAUGCUGCUGCUCCUGGCCGCCUUCACGGGGGCCUGGCCCGCCCUGUGCGGCCGCUUCAAGCGCUGGCGGAAGCACGGGGUCUUCGUGCUGCUGGCCACGGCCACCUCCAUCGCCAUCUGGGUGGUGUGGAUCGUCAUGUACACCUACGGCAACAGGCAGCGGGAAAGCCCCUCCUGGGACGACCCCACGCUGGCCAUCGCGCUGGCCGCCAACGCCUGGGCCUUCAUCCUCUUCUACGUCAUCCCUGAGGUGUCUCAGGUGACCAAGGCCAGCCCGGAGCAGAGCUACCAGAGCGACAUGUACCCCACGCGGGGGGUGGGCUACGAGACCAUCCUGAAGGAGCAGAAGGGCCAGAGCAUGUUCGUGGAGAACAAGGCGUUUUCCAUGGACGAGCCGGCGGCAGCUAAGAGACCAGUGUCCCCGUACAGUGGGUACAACGGGCAGCUGCUGACCAGCGUGUAUCAGCCCACCGAGAUGGCCCUGAUGCACAAAGGCCCGUCCGAAGGAGCCUACGACGUCAUCCUCCCACGGGCCACCGCCAACAGCCAGGUGAUGGGCAGCGCCAGCUCGACACUGCGGGCCGAGGACAUGUACGCGGCCCAGGGCCAGCAGCCGCCCGCCGUGCCCAGGGACGGCCCGGACUCUCAGGCUCAGUCCCCGCAAAAUAAAACAAGAUGGUAGCCAGACGCCCUCCUCCCGGGACCGCACGCCGUCCUGAUGUCUCAUCCCUCUGUCCAGGCUGGGCAGGGCUCAGCACCUUUCCUGACCUUGUCCUUGGAGCUGGGCGGGACCGGAGCCCGCCGACCUGGAGCCGUGGACUGAAUGGGGGGCCCUGUGGAAUCCAGGCCUGCGGCUGGGGCUCUUAGGUCUCCCCCUUGCUGCCCAGCCCGCCUCUCCUGGCCCCCAAGUGACGGAGGCCGAGGGGGCCGCCUGCAGGCCCCAGCCUGCCUCCCCUCUUGCUGUGCCCCCAAGUCACAGCCUGGCUCCCCAGAUGGCCGUCUGCUAUCUUCGCGCCAUGGGCCUGCCCGCCCGUCUUGGCAGCGUCCAGCAUCGGUGUGGCCCCACUCCGCCUAGAUGACCGUCCUUCAUCUUCGGAGCGGGGCUCUGGCAGCAGCUGGCCGCUCGGGCCGUGGGGGUCCCCGGGGGCGGGGGAGACAGACGCGCCCCUGCAGGGCGGGAGCCUGGCCCCUGGGUGCUCCACACAUACCCUCCCCCACCGCACCCCUGUGGGGGUGAGGGCCGCAUCUCAGGGACCAGCUGAGAACCCCGACCGGCUGGAUUGAGGGGCAGAUGCGGGGCUUGGGGGGCCCCUCGGACGAGGGGGACCAGGACUGAGGCUUGUGCCACCCCUCUGGGCAGAUGGGCAGGCUUCCGCCUCACCAGCUCUGUCGGCGUGCCGGCUCCACCGCCCGCCAUGAGCCGCUCCAGAGGGUCCUGGUGCUCCCCCGAGGAAGUCGGGGGCUUCCUGGGGUGCCUGCCUGAUGUUGGCACCAAGGACAGAUGUGUGCUGCCCCGGACUAGUCUCCCGGCUUUAGCCUGCUGGGGGGGCUUGUCCCAGGCCCCCCAGGUGGUGUGCCCUGGAGCUCAGCAUCACCCAGCGGCUGGGCCCACCUGGCCCUGCAGCCCGCCCCCUCUGCUGCGCCCCGUCACUGACUAUGCCUGCAGAGCAUAGGGCUGCACCCCAGAGGGUGAGCCCCGCUCAUUCACCAACCCGUUGCACUGUGGUUGCUUAGUCCCAUGAGUGGCAUCACGACCCACCAUGGACGUCCACAGACCUCCCGUGACCUCACAGGGACUCCCUGGCCGCCAUAAGCCGGGCCUUCCCCGGGGAGGGCGUGAGCGUGCUGGCGGCCCGGGGGGCGGGGAGCAGCCCGAGUCCUCUGGGGGUGAGGCUUGGGGAGGGAUGGGCCCCAGACAGACGCAGGCAUCCGGGCCGCGCGAGUGCCCCAGCCCUGCUUUGCUUGCUCAGGGCUCAGGCCCGGGGGCAGGUAGAUGCGCCUGUAGGAGAAGGGGCGCCGGGGUCUGGCCCCGCUGCGCCCCCGACAAGCCUGGGACGGGAGAGAACUCGGUGAGCCAGACAGGACGUGCGGCCGCUCCCCAGCCGCGUAGCGGAAGCAGGGCAGUCUCGCCUCAACUGCCAGAAUUAAACACCUCCUGCAUUUGUGAGGAGCUACAACCACCGAACCCCUGUGCGCUCAGUAAGAAUUUCUUGCAAUUUAGCAACAGGCAUUUUUCAUCCUAGAUUCCUUGCUGCUGAAACCAACAGGCUGAUAGAUUCUACCCUCUUCAUGCUUGGGGACUGGUUCUCAGCUGAGCCCAAGCCUAGUACUCGCCCGCUCCAGGAUCUGGGGGUACAGGCAGAGUGGGUGGGACACCGCUGGACCCCUGUGUGCAGGUGACUGGAUCACCUUGUGAAAGGGUACAGCGGACCUGGUCGUACCUCUCAGAUCUGGGGGACCCGGUGGGCCGUGCACAGCCUUGUUUUAACAUACAGUUCCCACGCCUUUGGGGACCCUCACAGAAGAACGAGAAACAGAUGCACCAAGUGAGGUGCUGUGUGGCGCAGCGGGCAAGGAGGGUCACCAGCGCUUGCUCUCGCCCCAGGGGAGAGCUAAGGUCAGGCACGGGUGUGGCGACCAGCUGCACCCCCCCUCAGCCCUCCGGAAGCUGCGGCCCCUCAGGCAGCCGCAGGGUCAUGUAGCAUCUGCGCUGGGAUGCUGGCUCUGACCUCACCAGCGGCCCCUGGGCGCAGGGCGAGGCUCUCACCUCGGUGUCCUUGAAGUGGGGACCCCUGUUGGGGACUUAGGGCGCUUGGAGGAAUUGGGGACCAGAGAGCCACGGCCCUGGCCGCAGGUCAGCGCUGCAGACAGGAUGAGCCUGCGGGGCUGCCCGCCACGGGUUCCAGAAGUACUUGCACCCCGAGCUGAGAUUUAAUGCUCCGGCUCCCCCAAGUCACCUCAUGGAAGUCACAGCCACGGCGGAGCAUCUGGGGCCCGUGCCCGCGCCCUGCCCAGACGCGGGUCUCCAGGCCACAGGUCACUGCUGUCACUGCCCCCUCUGCCCUGACUCCUCCGGCCCCCAGAGCAGGAGGCUAGCCCCGUGCAGUUGCGGGGCUCUAACGGGGUGCUGAGGAGAGGGUCAGCCCCUUGGCCGUGCCCUGACCACAGGGCUUGGCGAUCCAGCAAGUAGCUGAAGAGCUGGGCCCAGGGCGUCUUGCUCAUGGCAAACGUUUACUGGGCACCAGGAGCUGAGCUGACCUGGCCCCGCCCGCUGGGCUGUCUAACUCCCUCCUGGCCAGGUCAGGCCCUGGGCUGAAGCAGGUGCUGGCCGGUGUUCAAUCCCUGACCGGCAUGAAGUGGACAGAUAAGGCUCCUACACCCCCCCUCCCCCCAAAACACCUUUUCUGUCAUCUCCACCUAGGCAGCUCCCCUGCCCCAGAUUCCUCAUCAAAAUGAACCCUGAGCCUCCCGCUCUGCUUAAGCCCUGAAGCUGGGGUCCUCACAUUUGUGAGGAGAACCCCAAGCCUCAAGGCUGUGCUGAGGUGUGCCUGCCGCGUGGACUACAGGUCUAAGCCCCGUGAGCUUGCUGUCGCGGCCACCAUCUGGCAGGGUCUGAUUAGCCCUGGGUCCCCUAAGGUGGGGGCCUCCUCAGGUCGGGGCGCAGGGCCAGCACCACAGGCCCGCGGGGUCCCUGGUCUAAUUCGUACCUGAUGUUCCACGCCCCCGCAGCACAGAGGGCCCCGGGCCGUUCUGUGGGGUCAGAAUCCUUCCGCUGCCCCCCAGUCCAGGCACCUGGGACCGCCCAAGGCCCGAGGUGGGAACCCCGCCUCAGACGCUGACAUCACUCCUCAGCGGGCGCCCGCCCCCAGCCCCCAGCCAACCCGAGGCCGCCUCCUCCCCACCCUCUCCCCAGCACCCCUGCAACCUGAUCCCCGCCACCGCGCAAACCAGCCGCGACCGGCUGUCUGGGCUCUGCCACUGCGGCUCAGUCCCAGGGCCGCGCCUGACUGCUGCUGGUGACCUUUCCCCUGACCCUCCCUCGCUGAGUUUGGGUGGCUGGGGUAAUGGGGCCUGGCACGGGCGCCCCACCGCUGCCUGGGGGUUCGCGCCAGGCGGGUUCCGGUUUCACGGCUGACUUGCGCCGUCCUGUGCUCUGUAGGGCUGUGAGAAGCUUCCACGCCUGGAAGCCGGGGCCCACUGCUGUCACAGCGGAAACUGUCCCCAGAGGGGCCCAGUGCCCCCGGGGAGACCCAGGGCUCUGGGAGUCCCCGUGGGUACCCGCUGCUCCCGGGGUGUGGUGGGGGUGCUGCUGCUCCCUCUAUCCCUCUGGUUUACAGAUGUCCCCGGCCGACCUGGGGCUGUGACUGUCCACCUGAGGCGUCUGGGCGGCCAGCCCGUCCCUGGUGCGCGAG